UAAAUUAUCAUCGUUAUCAAAUACAAAGCGUGAACUAAAAUACCUUGCAGAACCAAUUUCCCAAUACCACAAAACCAAGCUCCACCAUUACCACCACCACCAACAAAAAUGGUUUCAGAGUCGAGCAGCAGUACAAGUAGCUGCCCCAUCAAAACGGUGGUGGUUCUGGUGCAAGAGAACCGCUCCUUCGACCACAUGCUCGGGUGGAUGAAGUCCCUAAACCCUGACAUCAACGGUGUCACCGGAUCCGAGUCCAACCUCAUUUCCACCUCCGACCCUAACUCCAAACGUGUCUUCUUCGGCGACAACUCCGCCUACGUCGACCCUGACCCUGGCCACGCCAUCCAAGCUGUCUACGAGCAAGUCUUCGGCCAGCCAUGGUCGGAGGCCUCGGUGUCCAAUAACCUCGCCCCAACAAUGGAGGGAUUCGCUCAAAACGCUGAGACAACGCAGGCGGGGUUGGCCGAGACGGUGAUGAACGGGUUCAAGCCGGAGAACAUUCCAGUGUAUAGGGAGCUGGUGAAAGAGUUUGCAGUGUGUGACAGGUGGUUUGCUUCUGUGCCGGCGUCGACGCAGCCGAACCGGCAGUACGUGCACUCGGCGACGUCGCAUGGACUUUCCGGGACUGAUACGAAGUUGCUGAUUGAAGGGCUGCCGCAGAAGACAAUAUUUGAGUCCAUGGAGGAGGCUGGCCAUUCUUUUGGAAUUUACUAUCAGACCCCUCCUUCCACACUUUUGUACAGGAAUCUAAGAAAGUUGAAGUACAUCGAUAACUUCCAUCAGUUUGAUCUACAUUUCAAGAAGCACUGCGAGGAGGGCAAAUUACCAAACUAUACAGUUGUGGAACAAAGAUUCUUCGAUCUAUUGUCCCUCCCUGCCAACGAUGAUCACCCGUCUCAUGACGUCUCAGAGGGCCAGAAAUUCGUAAAGCAAGUGUACGAAGCAUUACGAUCAAGUCCUCAGUGGAAUGAAAUGUUGUUCAUAAUUGUAUACGACGAGCAUGGCGGAUUCUAUGAUCAUGUUCCGACGCCUGUUAAAGAUGUUCCUAGUCCUGAUGACAUCACCGGUCCUGCUCCCUACAACUUUAAAUUCGAUCGUCUUGGUGUUAGGGUUCCGGCCUUCCUAAUUUCUCCCUGGAUUGAGCGUGGAACCGUGUUGCAUGGGCCUUCGGGGCCAUAUCCUUCAUCAGAGUUUGAGCACUCCUCAAUUGCAGCAACUGUUAAGAAGAUUUUCAAUCUAAAAGAGUUUCUUACAAAGCGUGAUGCUUGGGCAGGAACCUUUGAUGUUAUUUUGACCAGAACAACUCCAAGAACUGAUUGCCCAGUUACUUUACCCGAGCCAAUCAAACUACGAGAAGCUGGAUCUAAAGACGAUGCAAAGAUCAGCGACUUUCAAGAAGAACUAGUGCAAUUGGCUGCAACACUAAACGGAGAUCACAGGAAGGAUAUAUAUCCCCACAAACUGGUUGAGAAUAUGAUUGUUUCAGAGGCUCUCAAAUAUGUGGAAGGAGCAUUUAAAAUGUUUCAAGAUGAAUGUCAAAAAGCCCGGGAAAGUGGAACUGACGAAUCUCAAAUUAUCGUCUGCGCAACCUCUCCUACGCCGCAAUCAUCAAAGUCAUUUAUUCAUAAGAUAUUCUCUUGUUUGGUUUGUGAUAACUGAGAAUUACUCGAUUAAAUGUGUUUGGAAUUAAGUAGCUUGAUUGGAAUUUGUUUUACACCUUGUUGAUUUGCUUGUAUAGUUUAUUGUAGCUAAUAAUGUUACCCAUAAGCAUAAAAAUAAUUGUAAUACUUUUUCUCUUAUUUAAAACAA